UUCAACAUCUUCUUUCGAGCAUUUCACUGUCUUUAAUUAAUAACGUUCAUACUAAUUCUACCAACUUGCGUCGCCAUGAAGAGACAGAGAGAUGGAGAAGAGAACAUAGAUUUGGGAAAUUGUCUACUGUUGCUCUCUCAUCCCAGAGAAAUCAAACCCCAAAAACUUUUGGGCCCUAAAGAAUUUGAGUGUAUGACAUGCAACCGCAAAUUUUCUUCAUUUCAGGCCCUCGGUGGCCACAGGGCCAGCCACAAAAAGCCCAAACUAUACGUGAAAGAACAGUGUAAAAUUCUGAUGUUGAGGAAUAAGCCCAAAAAACACGAGUGCUCCAUUUGUGGUAGGGAAUUCACUUUGGGCCAGGCACUGGGUGGACACAUGAAAAAGCACAGAAUUGCCGUUGACCAAGGGCUUUCUUCAAUAAACAAGGUUGUUGUAAAAGUACCGGUUCUUAAAAGGUCGAAUAGUAAGAGGGUUUUGUGCUUGGACUUGAACUUGACUCCUCUGCAGAAUGACUUGAAGUUAUUGUUUGGAGACAAGGCACCCAAAGUUGAUUCCUUCGUCUGAUCAAUUAAUUGUUCACAUGAUUUCAAGUAUUCGAUUAGUCCUCACCUUUUCUUUUUCUAACACAUGUAUUCUUUGAUGUAAAUGUUUGUUUUUUCUAUACCAUAAAGUGAUAUUGUAUGUUUAAUAGGACGGUAUAUGCUUAAAGAUGUCUCAAUAGAUAUGGGGGUUGGGACUUGGGAUAGUAUUGAUGAAAUCAUAAGUUCAAAUUUCAG